UCCACUGCUCUUUGGAAAUCUUAUGCGGCUCUGAAUGUCAGAUGCUUUUGCAGUUUUACUUUUGACAUAUCUAUGCUUCCCCAGCAGAACAAGAAGAUUUUUUUCUUCUGGUUCUAAAUAAGUACAAAAAAUAAUUGCAUUACAAAUGUUUCACCAUCCAGACUGAAAAGAAGCAUCUAAGCUAAAGCAAAUAAUAUCUCUGCGAUGGGCAACAAUCCAAAGAUCAAACAGUUGUGGAUCAUUUAUGUCAUCACCGUCAUCUAUCUAAUAUAUUACACCUACAGCACAAGAAUAUUCUACCAUUGGAUUCUUUGGAAGUACAAUGGAACAGUCCCAACAAUUCUAGAUGAGCCACAUAUGACUCACAACAGUAGUCCAGAACAUGCUGGUUCCCAGGGACCAUACACUCAGAGACCAUACGCAUUUCUUGCAGCAGUUAAAGGGACAAAGACCGUUCUGAUAUCAGCUUAUCUGGAACAUCGCACAGACAAAAAGGAGGUUUGUGCCAUUGCAGUGGUGCUGCGGAGUGAGAAGGUGGCCUAUCGCUGUGUCUUUCGUUGCCAGGAAAAGCAGCUUCUCUCUAAUGGUGUGGCCGACAUCCACACUGAUCACUUUGGUUUUGCCUAUGGGACAGCAAACAUCAUGUGCCCCCUCCCCUCAGGCUGUGAGACACCAUCUUCUAUUGCCGUGACCUCCGCUGAUGCCAGCUCUACAAGUACAAAUGAUCCCAACCAAGAGUUUUUAGAGGUGAAGAACCAGCAGGAGAAGACAGAAUCUUUUCCUUACAACUUCACCGUCUGCAUCUCCACCAUGUUUGAUUUUACCAACGUGCUGCAGCUGGUACAGAGUCUUGAGAUGCUGCAGUUACUGGGAGUGAACAGAGUGGUUGUCUAUAAAACCAGCUGUAGUCCUGAAACGCAACGAAUACUGGACUACUACACACAAAAAGGUUUACUGGAGGUGAUUCCUUGGUCUCUGUCCAGAUAUGUGAACGUGUCUCGUGGCUGGCUGCCUGAACAUGGUCCCGGUGAACUUCACUACUUUGGUCAGAUUCCUGCUCUCAAUGACUGCCUUUACAGAUACAUGUACCAGUCCAGAUAUGUGGCUCUACAUGAUAUAGAUGAGCUCAUACUGCCCCAGAAAGUCGUCAGCUGGGUAGAGUUGUUGCCGCUGCUGGAGAACAAAUAUGGUGCCAACAAGUGCUACAUGUUUGAAAAUAACGUGUUCCCCAUCAAUAUCAUGUUGGCUCCUCCAGCAUCCCAAAGUCUGCCACCACAGACUGACUGGAAGAAUGUCACUGGUGUGAACAUUUUGGCUCACCUGUACCAAGAACCAAUCAUUGAGGAGACUCAUUACAGUAACUUCAAGAUCAUUGUCAACCCUCGAGCAGUGUUUUCCACAACUGUUCAUGGGGUUCUGAAGUCACAGCAUGGCUGCUCCUGGAUUGACAGGAACAUAGCACGGAUGUACCACACAAGAUUUCCGAGACAACCCAACCUGGCAGAAGACAAGCUGAUUUAUGAUGGCAGACUGCUGAGCUACAGCGCCCACUUCACACCAGCUGUGAACAAAGUGCUCAGAGAGACUGGAUUCCUACCAGAGCACAGCACACAAUAGGCUUGGUGCAUAGCUAACUCCCUUUGAGAAACAGAAAAUAAACAAACAAAAAAAAAACAGGGGAAGUUUUAGGAGUGACGGCGAGAGAGAGAGAGAG